AAUGAGGAAUUCUAACGUGAGAAUGUCGUCGACAACCUUAGAAUCAAUUUUAAAAAUCUUCGAUUUCACAAAAAAACACUCUUUUAUCCCUCUUCUAACAGGAUGCACAGCAGCGUAUCUAGUAUAUUAUUUAUUAUGAGACCAAUUAUUGCCGGUAAUUCGACCAAGAAACGCUUUCUCUUGGAGCGAAUGCCAAUUUUAAAACGAAAAUUUUGGCCGACAAUUUGGUGUACCGGAUAUAGGCUUCAAACAAUAGUCAGAGCAUUUCUUAAAACCGUUCCUCCAAUAAAAUUCGAAAGGGAAAUAAUUCAGUUAGAAGACAAAGGUGAAGUAGCUUUAGAUUGGCUCGAAUUUGAAGAUAAAGAGAAGAAUAAGCCCAUAGUCCUUAUUUUGCCAGGUUUGAUAGGUAGCAGCGAUGAAAGCUAUUGCAGACAUUUUGUUCAGCAGGCCUAUAACAAGAAAGUGACAUCCGUAGUUUUCAAUUACAGAGGAAAUGGAGGAUUGACACUUCGAACAGCUAAAACUUAUUGUGCCACCCAUACUGAUGAUCUAGAUCAAGUCAUAAAACAUAUACGUCGUCGAAAUCCGGACCAUGAUGGAAUACUUGCUGCAGGGAUAUCUUUGGGCGGUCUUAUAUUAACCAACUACUUAGCUAAAGUGGGAAAAGAUUCUGGCCUAAAAGCUGCAUUUACGGUUUCUGCCGCCUGGAAUGUAUUUGAAUCGUGCAAAGAGUUAGAGCAACCAAUAAACUGGUUUGUCUUUAACCGAUUACUAGCUGAAUCUCUAGUAUCUAAAGUUAAAGCAUAUGCUCAACUUUUUGAAAAUGAGUUUGAAGGAAAACUGGACUUGAAGAAAGUCUGGAAUGCGAGAACUAUUAGGGAAUUUGACGACUCUUUUACUUGUAGGCAAUUUGGAUACUCAAGUUACGUGGAAUAUUAUGAAGAUGCAUGCAUCUACAACAAGCUACAUCGAAUUAAAAUACCAUUACUCUGUCUCAAUGCUGCUGAUGACCCUUUUUCACCAGCACAUUGCAUUCCAAUUGAAGAGGCAAAGAAUUGUGAGAAUGUUGCAAUUGUUGUAACAGCUAAAGGUGGACAUAUUGGUUUUAUGGAAGGUCUAUGGCCGACCGGAGCAAAUUAUAUGGAUUCAGUAUUUGCAGAAUAUAUUAAUGCAAUAUUCCCUGCAAGUUAA